ACAAAUGUAAAUAUUUUAUGUUGAUUUUUUAGUUUUCACACCUUAUUUGUAUUGUGUGUUGUGCAGUUGGGUAAAGAAAUGCAAAACUUUUAUGUUUGCUUACAUCGUGUUCUUUAGUUGUUUACUAUUUCUUCCUAUUCAACCCGCAGCAGAAGUUAGGUAUCUGCGAUUAGUUAAACGGUUAAUAGGGGCGAAUAGUAACUCAUCUCAGCGAAUACAAUCGUAUGCCGCGUUUAUUAAUUUUUACACAUUUAUUUCAAAUACAAAACAACUAAGAAAAUUAUAUUCGGUCGCCAUCGAAUCUUUUGUACCCGAUCAUCGAUAUCCGAAGAAAAAAAACAAACGCAACCGAGUGCUAUUUUCAUGCUCUAGUGAAAAAGGUAGAAAUUUAGAUGGUGUCGAUGUUAUACGCUAUGAGUAACAAAUGCGAUAUAUUCAUUUUUCCGAACGCAGAUACGAUACGAUUGGACAGACGGGAUCGUCGAUGGUCAGACGAAUAUGCUUAGGUGCAUUCCGAAUUUGAAAUUGACUUUGAAUUGGGUUUUUGAACUUUGCUUUUGCUUCUAAUAAAGAGACGAAACCAACACGCAUUGAAAUUGAAAUCAAUGGUAGCGCUAACAUAAGUUGUCAACUGAAUUUAGCAACGUUCGGAGAUUUUGAAUGAUACCACCAUAGUAUUCAUGUUACGAAAUGCCAUUGAACAAGAUCGCAAUUAUAUAUGUAAAAGUGAUACAAUGGGUAUUGGUGUCACUCAUGUGGCAGUCGGUACGUCACCCUUAGAUGUAACCGAUUUUAAAUGUCGCGGUUAUGAUUACACAUAUCUGGUGUGUAAUUUUACCAUACCGCGCAAUGUUUUAUUGACACAGUACAAUUUAAGUUAUACCGCUCAAUCACCGAUACGCAUAUCUGAUAAGGAUAAAAAUGGUAAUCGUUUUUAUCGAAUCAUUUAUUCACAGAAUUAUUUGCAAAUGUGUCAAUUGGAAAUUCAAGAAAAUGAAGGUAUUUGCAAUCUGACGGUGGACAGGAAUAACUAUCGCCCUAACUAUGAAUUUUACAAUUUUACAUUAAUCGGACAUAAUGAGGUGGGGACGAAUGUGCAAAGUUUCUGGAUAAAUCAUUAUGAGAGCGUUAUACCACCGCGACCGGAAUAUGUGUUUGAGAAAAUUACCAAUAGUAGCGUCGUUUUAAAAUGGCAUAUGCCUAAGUAUAGUUAUUACACAUCGAAAGGCUUGCAAUACGAUAUACGUUUGCGUCCGAGAGAUUUCGAUUGGAUGAAUCAUUCAAAUUACGAAAUACGCAGUAAUCGCUCAGAAUACAAAUUAAUUUUGCGAAAUUUACCAUACGCUUAUUAUUGGUAUCAAAUAUGUGUACGGAUUAGGGUUAAACGGAUGGCACGUAACGAUGAAAGCACCUGGAGCGAGCCAAGCGAACAAGAAUUUCAAACUACAGCUUGUCCGCCUGAAUUGCCACCCAAAACGGAUAUAGGCAGUUUUUAUAUAGAUUCAAGCGAAACACGGGUACGAUUAUAUUGGCAGCAAUUGCCUGAAUACAAAGAAAAUGGACCAGAUUUUCAAUAUGUCAUUAAACAAGUAAAACGCGACAGCGUUAUAGUGCCUUUGAAACCAAUACAUAUUGAUCGUUCUUCGGCGAUAUUUACUUGGCAUAAGCGUCAUCGUUAUGAGUUCGCAAUUAAAAGUAAUAACAGUCAGGGUGAAUCGGAAGAUAGUAGCAGCAUUAUUGUACCUGCUUGGGGUAAACAUCAUGAAAGAAUGAAUCCGCAAUGGAUACGGAAUAUUUAUCAUGCGGCCAAUCGUAGUUACACAUUGUCUUGGAGUCCUCCCACCAAUCAAAGCAAUUUAAUUGACUAUACAGUAUUCUGGUGUCAGUCGAAACAGGCUGUGCCCAAUGAAUGCCGGGAUACCAUACAAUUUCAGCAUGUCGGUAAGGAGAAUACUCGUUUCGCAACUUUACCGCAAGAACAAGAGCAAACUUUAAAUUUAGCUGUUUCGGCUAAUUACUUGGAAUAUAAUAGUGGUAUGCAUUGGACGAUGUGUACAGCCGAUAUUGCCAGCGAUCUGGUUAAAUUGGAGCCUGAAUUUUCGGUUACAUCGCCACGUUCCAUUAGCGUACAAUGGAGUUCCGAUCGCGUUUGUUCUUCAUUACUGGAGGGUUAUAAUUUAACAUAUUGUCGCAUACAUCGUACUACCACAAAUAUUAUCUCGAACGGUUUCGAAAGUUUACCCUGCAUGGAAGAUACUACCACCGUAACAAUACCGAGCACAGCUAAGAAAUUUGUGGUUAACAAUUUGAAGCCUUUUUCCUCAUAUAAAAUUGAGAUGUAUAUGUUCAGUAAGCUAAAAAAGGGUAAAGUUAGUGAAACGCAAGUAAUAAAUACGACCGAAGAAGCUCCGUCAGCGCCUCGCAAUUUGAAAGCGUUUAAUAUAACAAGCAAUUCAGCGGUUAUAACAUGGACGGCCCCUGCUCAUCACAAUGGCAAAAUACGCAAAUAUGUUAUACAAUACAAUAAUGAAUAUCAUGCUCUGGAUUGUUUCAAAGAAUUAAAAGUAUGUUCUCAUAAGGAUCUUACAUAUAAAUUGGAAAAUCUAAGCAGUUAUACGAGCUAUAAAGUAUAUGUUACGGCGUAUACGAAUGCCGCUUCGAUACCCAGCAAUGAUAUUCAAUUGAAAACACUUAUAGGAAUUCCAUCCAAUCCGCGACACAUGAUGAGCAAAGAGAAAAAUCAGACAGUAUUGCAAUGGUAUAAACCGGAAGUUCCGUCGGGCCGUGUCGAAUACUAUGAAGUUGCCGUCAUUGUUUGGUAUAAAGAACAAAUACAACGUCAACAUGUAUCUGGGGUCGUAGGCUCUACCGAAUGUGUUUUUCAUAUACCAAUAUGUAUAGAUGCUGAUUAUCGGCAUACAGUGCAGGUGCGGGCUGUUAAUAUAGCCGAACGGAGCAGUGAAAUCGAUUAUCUGAUUUUUGCUGUCAAUAGUACAGACGAAGACUUGGAUUUACUUAGCUCCUAUACGGAAAAUAAUGAUUUGAAAUGUAUCGGCACUUCUUUUAGCGAGGAAGCGCAACUACAAUUGAUUGAACGUUAUCGUAAUGGUAAAAAAUAUGUCCAAUAUAAAUCGGUUUGGGAAAAAGGACCGACUUAUAAUUGUUCAUCGACCAAAUUAAGCCGCAUCACCAUGUUAGCUUUGCUCGUAGUUGUAUCCUCGUUGGGUGUAAUGGCUGCUUUCUAUGUUGCCCGAAAUAAGUAUAAUAAAAUGGCUAAUAUAUCUUGUGCUCUGCCACCGGGUUUGGUUGCGAUAACAUACCCCAGCAAACAUUCGGGGGACGGAGGUGACUUUAGACCUAGCAAAGAAUCAUUUAGCAACAACGAAAGUCGUCAUUUAUUAUCGUCUAUAUCGCGCGACUCUACUUACAUGUGCAAUAAUGAACAGCUGGGCGAGGUAGACGAGAUAGUCGCCAGCUCAUUAAGUAAGAGCAGCGGCUACGUAGGUUCAAAUCAUUCUCAAGAUUACGAUGGUCAGGAUACUUGCACCACGACCGUUGACAACACUACAGAAAGUUGUAUUUUUGAAUCACCGUCCGUUGUCGACGACGCUUAUAUGGUGAUGGAGUUAAUGAAAACCAAUGAAAAUAAAUCUUCAUCCCAAUCGCAGGCAUAUGUUAAUCCUAUAACAUCGGUAGACGGUUACGUGCAACCAAAUUUCGCCGCCAUAACUCCCAUAGCAACAGCUAGCAGCAGCGGCUAUAUUAAACAAUUGCCACAAAUAAUGCAUCCUGAGAAUGGUUAUAUAAAACCAAAUAACGUUUUUAAUUGGCAAAUUAAUUCACAAAAGUCACACGAUAUAUCAUCGAUAUCUCCUCGCCACAAUGACAAUGAUUUCUUUUCAACUAACAAUAUCAACGGUUACGUGGCAUCACAGCUAGUGCAAAAGCCCACAGUUCAAAGCACCAUUGACGGUUAUACUUCCUUGGACACGUUAACCAAGUCCACACAUUCUGCUGUGCCGCAACAAACUAUCGGUGUCGAUAUUGCUGCUAGUGCAGGUAGGAGUGCUCUAUGCAAUCUCCCGCCUAUAUCCGGUUAUGUAACCCAAAAGGAAUUAUCUGCUUUUGGCCAACAACAAAAAAUUAAUUGAGUUACCCUCGCCAUCAAUUAUGGCCACCAGAGACUUGUUUGUACAAAGUUUGAGAUUCUUUUAGAUAUCUUAAGUAAAAAAAUGGAAACAAAAAAAAAAAAAAAAAAAAAAAAAAAAAAAAACAAAAUGGAACAAGAG